CAAUAGUGAGUGGUGCACACUUCCUUCGCCCAGACACAGAACAAAAAAAAGUCCCAUUUAAGAGUUGCUUGUGUAACAAUAGGAAGAAUAUAUUCCACUCCUCUCUUGUACAUGCAGCUUAUGAGAACGAUAGCAGAGUACGAGGAGGAACUUUGUCCAACAAAAGAGGAGAAGGAGCGACAACAUCAAAAACAUCAAGUUGUGUUACACAGAACAGACAUCCAUCAGCUGAUUGGACACCGAGAAGAAUGUCUCCCUCAUCUGCAGGGGGACAGUUUCACUUUAGAGGAUCCACAGCCCUCACAUUUUAAAGGGGACGAGGAGGAUCCACAGCCCCCUUAUUUUAAAGAGGAAGAGGAGGGAGAGUGUCCUGUAGGGCAGGAGGAGGCUGAUCUCACCAAGUUUCCACUGACUGUUGUCUCUGUGAAGACUGAAGAGCAUGAAGACAAACCAUCUGAGUCCUCACAGCUUCAUCACAGUCCAAACGUCUGUGAAAAAUAUCGUCCACCUGAGCAGCAGGAGGGGUCCUCCAGUAUGGAGCAGAAGAGGUCACAGCACCUCCACGUGAAAGAAGAGGAGCCACAGCCCCCCCACUUUAAAGAUGAAGAAAAACAGCGGUUGUCCCCCCACUUCAUAGAGGAAGACAAGAGACACCUCAUCAGUGUGAAGAGUGAAGGUGAUGAGGUCAAAGGUGAGAGUGAGGAGAAGAGAGAGGCGGAGCCUCCAAGCAGCAGCUCAACUCAACACAUGACAACAGAAGCUGAUGGAGACCACUGUGGAGGAUCACAAGCAGACAAGCUCUUAGCUCCACUAUCAGAUAGUGAGGACACAACGUCACACUCUCCUGACACUGAUGAUGAAGACUCUAAAGAUGAUAAGACAUGUCACACUGACAACACACACUUCACAUGUUCUCACUGCGACAAAACCUUUAAAUACCAUUGUCAUCUGAUAGAACACAUGAGAACACACACUGGAGAAAAACCUUUUUCGUGUUCAAUCUGCGGUAAAGAUUUUACUCAAAGUAAAUAUUUCAAAGCACACAUGAGAAUACACACUGGAGAAAAACCUUUUUCCUGCUCAGAAUGUGGUCAAAGUUUUGUAAUUAAUAACAAUUUAAAAGUACACAUGAGAAUACACACUGGAGAAAAACCUUUUUCCUGCUCAGAAUGUGGAAAAAGUUUUGUAAGAAAUCAAAGUUUAAAAGAACACAUGAGAAUACACACUGGAGAAAAACCCUUUUCCUGCUCAGAAUGUAGUCAAAGUUUUGUAAUAAAUAAAAAUUUAAAAGUACACAUGAGAAUACACACUGGAGAAAAACCUUUUUCAUGUUCAAUCUGCGGUAAAGAUUUUACUCAAAGGUACCAUUUAAAAGCACACAAGAGAAGGCACUCUGGUGAAAAACCAUACUCCUGUUCAAGCUGCAACAAAAGCUUCCGUUACCUAAACACUCUUAGAGUACACAUGAGAGCACACACAGGAGAGAAAGUGUUGAGUUGCAGUGUGUGUGGUGAAAGAUUCUCUUCUAAGUACCAGUGUAAGAAACACAAGUGUGCUGGUGAGAACAGCAGCAGCAAAUGAAGAUGCAGGAUUUGAAAUAAACUGUCAAAACUUUAACUUUGACUUUCUAACAACAUCAGCACAUAUAACAUGUGUGACAUCAUUGUUGUGUGUGUAACACCAUCUUGUUAUUAUGCUUAUAACAUAUAUAGAUUAAAUACGUCAGAUUAGUGCUUUUAUUUCAGUCAAGUACAUGAGUUAAUAUACACAUUUGUGUAUUUUAAAAUGAACAGAACAAUUUGACUGAAAAGGUGAGAAUAAACAGUACAUAAAAUAUGUAAGAAACAUUUUAAGUGUAGAUAUUCAUAGUUCACUUUUAUACUUAUUCAUAAUAGUGUUUUAUAUAUGUUUUUGAAAUAAUGAAGGGUUACAUAUUUUAUUUUGUAAUUGUAGAUGAUUCCAUAGAUGAACUCCUUUAUAUGAUAUACAUAUUUGUUUUACAUGUGUUCAUACCUUUGCUUUUGAGUACACAUAAAUCCCUCUUAGUUCAUAUUUACUGGUUCACAUCUGAAACAUCUUCUGGACCACUUCUGGAAGCAUAUUAUUAUUUACUUUAUACAUCAUUUGAGCAGUUGUCUUUUAUACAAGAUCGUUUACUUUUAAAAUGUGUGACUUUAUGAAUCAUUUGUUGGGUCUCUAUAAUCCAUUCUAUUAAUUGUCUUUAUUACUCUCUUGUGUAAUAUGAAUAUUGUUGUGUGAUUGUUUUAUAUGUAUGUCC